CCAGUGACAUUUUAACCAAAACAGCAAAUAUUUUCGAACGUGGAAACACUUGCGGGUCCGGACGACGUGCGAUUUCGAUGCGAUUAGGGAAACAAAUUAACCGGCAAAAAUGUUCAGAACUUUGCCCAGGAAAACGUACCGCCCGCACCGUUUGUGACCGUUUCAUGUGUCUAAGUGGUAAUUAAAACCUGCCUCCUUUCCUUCCUGCUUCCGAACAAGUAAGCCGAGAGACAGCUCACAGUGCCCCUGGCAUCUGCCACGAUGAAGCUGAUCCGCAAGAACGUCGACAAAACGGGCGAUGGGAGUGUUGUCCUGGUGCCCGAAGAUCCGGAGGAUAUGUGGCAUGCGUACAAUCUAAUCGCAGAAGGCGACCAAGUCCGCAGCAGCACGAUCCGGAAGGUACAAAAUGAAUCCUCCACGGGGUCAUCCAGCAGCAGCCGCGUUCGCACGACACUCACAAUUAGCGUCGAGACGAUAGAUUUCGACACGCAGGCUCAAGUGCUGCGCCUCAAAGGCCGCAACAUUGAGGAGAACCAAUUCGUAAAGAUGGGCGCCUAUCACACGAUCGAUCUGGAGGUGAACCGUGCCUUCACGCUCACCAAGCCGGAGUGGGACUCGAUCGCGCUGGAACGCAUCGAGAUGGCGUGUGACGUCACGCAGAAUGCCGAUGUGGCGGCCGUCAUCAUGCAGGACGGGCUGGCGCACGUCUGCCUGAUCACGUCCAGCAUGACGCUGGUGCGGAGCAAGAUCGAUGUGGCGAUCCCGCGCAAACGCAAGGGCUACGUGCAGCAGCACGAGAAGGGCCUGAACAAAUUCUACGAGGCGGUGAUGCAGGGAAUCAUGCGGCACGUUAACUUCGACGUGGUCAAGUGUGUGCUGAUCGCGUCGCCCGGCUUCGUGAAGGAUCAGUUCUACGAGUAUAUGUUCCAACAGGCUGUAAAGACUGACAACAAGGUGCUGAUAGAUAAUAAAAGUAAAUUUAUGCUGGUUCAUUCGUCCUCAGGAUUCAAGCAUUCUCUCAAAGAGGUCCUACAAGAUCCGGCCGUAAUCGCUAAAAUGUCCGACACCAAGGCGGCCGGUGAGGUGAAAGCGCUGGAAACUUUCUACACCACGCUACAGCUCGAACCGGCAAAGGCGUUUUACGGCAAAAAGCACGUCUGCAAGGCAGCUGACGCUCAGGCAAUUGAAACGCUGCUAAUUUCGGACAAUCUUUUCAGAUGCCAAGAUUUGGCCACACGCAAAGAGUACGUCCAGCUGGUAGAAUCGGUUCGGGAUUCUGGUGGCGAGGUCAAAAUAUUCUCCAGUAUGCAUGUCUCCGGCGAACAACUCGCCCAGCUCACCGGUGUGGCGGCAAUCCUGCGCUUCCCAAUGCCAGAACUCGAGGACAGCGGUAACGAAGGAAGCGAUGGGUCCGAGUCGGAUUGAACACAGACAGAGACCCACGCUGCAGCGUUUGUGUCCCUCUCCUUACGACCGCUAACUAAGUGUAUUUGUCUAGUUUGUGUGCUUUUACUGCUUAAGAGUUAACGUAUUCGCGUGGGUUUGAUUUAUACCGUAGUGGGGGGAGGUCGGUCAUAAGAAUCAUAAAACUUGAAUUGUGUCGUAUGUUUUUCCUUUCUGUGACAAUCAGCUCCGCUUAGUUGCAGACAUUAUUAUACGUUUUUUUUUAAUUCACAUGAUAAUAAUAUCCAUAUUUUAAUUAUUUUCAACAUCUUUUUUUUGCUGACCACAUACAUUCAGGGACAUUUAGGGACACAAGCAAUAUUAGCUAGGUAUUAUCCAUUUUGCUCACGGUGUUUGUUGUUUUCCUUGCGGUUGCUGACGAUUUGUUAUUUUUAUCUUAACUUCUUUUUCCCUAAUUACUCCCGAUACACCCAACUUUUAGGGCUGCGAUGAAUCACAGAAUGUGGAUAUAUUCAGCGAUAGCAUGAUAGCCUAAUUGAAACUCAUUAUUUCAAUUACUGAGAUGACCCAUAGUACAUAGAGAAAAGUAAAAAAGGAAUAGGACGGACGCGUUGUUAAAGUAUGAAGCAAAACACACACAAAACUUACAAACCAGACCACUCAGGAUAAUAUCUACAGAAUACUGCAAUAAUGAUUAUAACGCUAAUUGUAAAUAAAUGGAUUGACUCUUCCGAGCUAAAUUGUAAUCAUCCGACACGAACAAGCUAUUAGUUAAACACAUUGGAUGUGUAUUAAGCGUAGAGCAAACGACACACAAACGACUUUGUUAACACGAAACUCGUAAGAAAAAGCCACUGGAAAAGAGGUUCUUCUACCAUAGUUGCACGAAUGCAACGACAGAUAUGAUGUCAGAAUAUGUCGAUUUAAUUGCGAUGCGGAAACAACGAUGUUAGCAAUAUACUCAUCUAAUUUCAUCUUA